CCUUGUUCUAACUUUUAACACAUCAUAUUUUGACAGUUUGCCCAAAUAAUAAAUUAAUAUUGCAUACGUAGGAGUUUUCAAAUCUCCUGGGUGUGGAAAAAGGCAAGCGAUAUCUCAUGUGCAUCAGUUUUCUCCCCUACCGCAGCUUAGGGUUUAGCCGUCAGCGUUGUGCCGUUUUUUUGUUUCUUCCUACCGUUAUGUAUGCAGCGUUUAAGUAUGAUGGGCUCAUCUUCUUCACUUGAGGAUCUAUAUUUUAAAUCGCAUCUUGCUCAGGAAGAGGAGGAGGGUGUGGAUGUUGGAGAAGCAAGCGAGACGGAGGCAAAGGGUGUUCAUACGUCGACUGGUGGGCCGGAUUCUUACGGACCGUCCAGUGAAAUUUACCGCCUUCAAGGAGACGAUGGCAAACGCCUGGAGGCCAGGAAAAGGGGUCUCCAUGAGAGACUUGGGUGGACAGAAAUUUUUGGUGCAGUUCUAUCACAAAUAUGACCUUUGUAGGGUGUUGGAUGACGGCCCCUGGUCGUUUGAUCGUAACCUACUUCUUCCGAAGCGGCUGGGAUCGUUUGAGAGCUCAAAUCAGUGUACUCUCACGCAAGCAACUUUUAUGAUUCAGUUGAUGAAAAUAAUUAUAAGGGCCCUGUAAAAGUUUUUAUGCGUGUGCAUGUCUUAGUGGACAUUGCAAAUCCCCUGAAGCAAAUGAUGAAGUUGCGUAGAGGAAAGGAAUGGGUGUGGAUCGAAUUCUGGUACGAGCGGUUGCCCACAUUUUGUUAUAUCUGUGGCAGAUUGGGUCAUUCUGACCGUUUUUGUCCAGGUCAUGUAGGGGAACGGGGCAGUGAUCUGUCUAGGUCGUAUGGUGUUUGUCUGGUAGGCGGUGGUUAUUUCCUAAAGAAAAGGAAAGUGAUGGGGAUGAAGGUGGUGAUGGGGUUCGGGCUAUGCAGGUUUUUUUGAGCAGGAAGGUGGGGAAAGGGUUGUAAGGGAAAUGGAUAAGGUGGGGCACAUAUGGGUUGUUGGCAGGAGUGUUGUUUUGGGAGAAGGAGGGAAGGGGAGUUCGGUGGCAGGGGAAAAAAGGAGGCUGAACAUUUUGAAGUUGGCAGAUUGUGUGGGGUUGGAGAAUAAAGGUGGGGAGUUGGAGUUUGGGUCAAAUAAAGAAGAUUUAGCAAUGUUUCUGGUGCAAGGAGCUGCUAAGAGUUUAGAGAUGGUUCCAGAUGCUAAUCAAACUGGGGAGCCUAAGAAGAGAGAAGUGCUGAAUCUCCACGAGCAGGAAGGUCAUGAAGCGGGUGCAAUGAUGAUCGAUGGGGCAAAGAACAUGGAGAUUCCGGGAGAACAGAAGCGCAAGAGGGGGUGGAAGGAGAAGCUACACGAGGAUACGGGGGGGGGGGGACAAAAUGACUCUUUGACCCAAAAAACGAAGAGGCAACGGGUCCGAGUUCUUAGACCCGUUGGUCAUAUAUUGCUUUGUCAAAGGUGAUUAACUCAGAGUCUAGCCCAAGGGCGGAUGGUUACUUGUAGUGCAUUUCUUAUUUUAACCCCUAUCUGAAUGUUAUGAUUUUAAUCUAAGCCCCUUUCUUUCAAAAAAAAAAAACUCCUAUAUAGAUAGCCAAUAUAAUGUUUUUAGAAAUGAAUAGAUCCCCGUUCUUUACUAUUGACUUUUUUUUUAGAAAAUUCUAUUCCUA